UGCGUGGUACCGAUCGGGUUUCCGGUACGGAUCUGGCAGUGACUACAAUUUCAGUUGUUUACAACGUUGGAAAUUGUAAAUUUUUCUGUAAAUUAGAAAACUGAAGCAAACAUCAUUAAGCGGGCGUUUAGCAGCGAGGAACAGAAACAGUCAACAUGUUUUCCUUCCAUGUGUUUGACCACCAGUUGGCCCGGGGCUUUCAGAACCGCUUCUCCACUCAGUACCGAUGCUAUUCGGUGUCCAUGCUGGCUGGACCCAACGACCGCUCCGAUGUUGAGAAAGGAGGCAAAAUAAUAAUGCCACCUUCUGCUCUCGACCAGCUCAGCAGGCUUAACAUUACCUAUCCAAUGCUGUUCAAGCUGACCAACAAGAACUCAGACAGAAUGACACACUGUGGUGUCCUGGAGUUUGUGGCAGACGAGGGAAUCUGUUACCUGCCUCACUGGAUGAUGCAGAAUCUCCUGUUAGAGGAAGGCGGUCUUGUUCAAGUGGAAAGUGUUAACCUCAUGGUGGCCACUUACUCAAAGUUCCAGCCUCAGAGCCCCGACUUCCUGGACAUUACAAACCCCAAGGCAGUACUGGAGAACGCACUGAGAAACUUUGCAUGCUUGACAACUGGUGAUGUCAUAGCCAUUAACUACAACGAAAAGAUAUAUGAGCUGCGAGUCAUGGAGACCAAACCAGAUAAAGCAGUAUCCAUCAUCGAGUGUGAUAUGAAUGUGGAUUUUGAUGCUCCCUUGGGUUACAAAGAGCCUGAACGACGGCCUAAUCACCAGGAUGAACCGACAGAGGAAGAAACAGAUCCCAGCAGUUACGCUGACAUGGACACAGGCUUCAGAGCUUUCACCGGUUCUGGUAAUCGUUUGGAUGGUAAAACUAAAGGGAUUGAACCCAGCCCUGCUCCCCUUGCCCCAAGUGACAUUAAAAGAGGGAUUCCCAACUAUGACUUCAAAAUUGGCAGGAUUACCUUCAUUCGAAACUCCAGACCUCUGCCCAGGAAAAUUGUGGAUGAUGAUGAUGCCAUAAACAGAUUCAUCGCCUUCUCUGGACAAGGGCAGUCACUACGCAAGAAGGGCCGAAAACCUUGAAGAGUUACAAACGAGGAGCCUGACUCAUGUGCACAGAGCUAUCUUAUUCUUUUCACCUUCAGCAGCAAAGUAAAAUAUUGGUUUUCAGAUGCGUUGGUUUUGCCCCUCUGCCCCUUUUUAAAUGGAGGUUUUGCUGUUGAUUAUAGCGUGUAAUUAAAAGUCUGACAGUAAUAUUUUGCUCAAAAGAAUCUGAGCAGCCUAAAAUACUGUCUGCUCUAAUUUGGUAUUCACAAAUUCAGAGUGACUGAUUUUCUGCCAAUAUCUUAUCAAGAACAUGAAAAAAUGACAGCAAACAUCUUUCUUAUAUCAGAUUGAAUGACCUCUGACUCUGCGCAGACCCAUCUUUUCCAUAAUUCUUUUUUUAUUUUUACAAUCCACUUUAAAAUGGCUGUUAUCCACAAUCCCAGUGUUACUGUAAAAUGGGAGCUUUUGGUUUUGAUUAUACUAAGAAAAUUUUUAUGUUUGAGGGUUUUUUUCCAGACUUUUAGGAUUUUUUUCUUUUGCU